UCCUCUUAACUUCGCUUCGCACGGUACAUUACUCCAGUUCAGUUCCUCUGUUCUUCAUCUUCCCUGUAGAUUUUACUUCUUUCGCCGGAACCCUAACAGAUUGCUGCGUAUUUUCUCCCUGAGUUGGUUUCGUAUUUGGCCCUCUACCUCUUCACAAUUGAAGCUUUCAACAGAAUCCCUUGCCACAGAUAAAUCUGACUGAACAAAAAAAAAAAAAAAAAUACAGCUUUGGGAAUCUCUCUCUCUCUCUCUCUCUCUCUCUCGCUGUGGGCAGAUACGGUCGUACGAGCGUGUACGGUAGUGGGUUGAGGUAGGGGAAAGGAAGAUUCACCUGACCAUUAUGUUUGGGACGGCGAUCAGGUAUAUGGCAAAGAAGCCCAAACCCAAGAUGAAACCGAUAGAGCUCAAAACGCCGCCAGAGCAAACGCAGACCAUAACCAGGGUCAUCUUUGACAUCGUCAAGGAGCAUGGUCCUCUCACCAUCGCAGAUACAUGGGAUCAUGUUAAGGAAGUUGGUUUGAGAGGUUUGACGAGCAAAAGGCAUAUGAAAAUAGUGUUAAGAUGGAUGAGAGAAAGGCAGAAGCUGAGGCAAAUAUGCAACCAUGUAGGGCCUAACAAGCAAUUUCUAUAUACGACUUGGUUCACAAAGCCCAACAUCAAGCAGGCAAAAACAGUUAAUGAUUCCUCACAACAAAAGUUCCCUUAAAUUUCAAGCUUGCUCAUGAAAUCCUAUUUGCUACGAUAAUUGAUGUAGAAUCAUAGGCUAAAUGCCACAGCAAAGAAGUCCUGAGUGUAAUUUUCUCUCAUAUUUAUGUAUAUGCUGGCUUUGUUUGAGACUCAUCUUUGUUUGGUUGACCUCUUAUCCAAAUUUAAGAUUCUGGAUUAUGUUUCUGAA